GACCUGGGCCUGGGGAGGGCGGAUUCGCCGGGGGAGGGGUGGGGCCUCUGCAGCGAGCAGGGCCCCUCCCUGGUGGGCGGAGCCUCGAGGCGGAGGCGGGGCGAGAGUGUGGGGACCGGGCUCGGGUUGGGCAAGGCCGCGGGGAGAGGAGGGGCCUCUAGGAGGGGGCGGUCCUUUGACGGGAGGGGCGGGGCCUCUGGCGGGGCGGCCCGGGACGGCGGCUGGCGAGUGCUGGGGUCCCGGGGAUCGUCUCCCAAGUGGGCGCGGCCACGGGGCGGGCACUCAGCGCUCGCAGCCGGAGCGGGGCGGCCGGGCCGCGGCCAGCCGUGGAGGGAGCCUCAUACGCUAGAUGAAUACUUUGAAUAUGACGCAGAGGAGUUCCUGGUUUCUCUGGCCUUGCUAAUAACAGAAGGGCGGACCCCGGAAUGUUCCGUGAAAGGUCGAACAGAGAGUUUCCACUGCCCACCAGCUCAGUCCCGUCACCCAGUCGCCACCCGCCAUGAGUGCAGCGACAAGCUGGCCCAGUGUCGCCAAGCCAGACGAACCAGGUCCGAGGUCACCGUGCUGUGGAGGAACAGCCUUCCGGUCGUGGUGGAGGUGGCGCUGCUCCCAGACUGCUGCUACAGCGACGACGGGCCCAGCACAGAGGGGGCCGACCUGGCCGACCCUGCCAUGGAGACGGACGCCCUGCUGCUGGAGAGAUGGGUCCUGGAGCCAGUGCCCCGACAGAAUGGCGGUCGACUCGUUGAGGAGAAGACUCUCCUGCUGGCUGUCCGCUCGUUCGUGUUCUUUUCCCAGCUGAGCGCUUGGCUGAGUGUGUCUCACGGAGCUGUUCCGAGGAACAUCCUGUACAGGAUCAGUGCCGCUGACGCAGACCUGCAGUGGCGUUUCCCCCAGACUCCAGUUGAACACGUGUUUCCUGUCCCCAACGUUUCUCACAAUGUGGCCUUGAAAGUCAGCGUCCAGUCCCUACCCCGACAGUCUAACUACCCGGUCCUGAGCUGUAGUAUUCACACUAACCUUGGCCUUUAUGAGGAGAGAAUUCAAGAGCAUGAGCAUAAAGGCCGGCAGCCUCGCACUUCUGAAGCAGAGCAGUGUGGUCCGAACAGCUCUCAGCGUCCAUGUGGCAGGCAGACGUGGACUGUGGCACCGGAGAGUGUGCCGCACGGAAGGGACGGCCCAGCUCUGGAGCACACCGCAGCCACCAGGCAGGGCGGGCCACACCCGGCUGCGGGCAGGAAGUCCCUGUAUGGGACGUCUCGGGCCAGUCUUCUGGGCUUGAGUGGCCUAGGAGACAUGAAGCCACAUGAAACGUCGGUGAGAACUUGGAAAUCACUUCCAGUGGUGGAUUCCAGCAUCUGCAGCCACCAGAGCUCCUGGCAGCCAGCUGGCAAGACGAACCCUUUGAUAGAUUCCUUAAUUCAGGACCGACAGGAAGUCAUUGCGAGAAUCGCUCAGCACCUGAUUCAUUGUGACUCCAGCACCUCCCAUGUUUCUGCACCCCCAUUCCCCACUCAGGAGUCCAAUCCCCUGCAUCCCAAACUCUGCCAGGCAUCCCGAGAGAGGGAUGGUGUGAGAAAAGGUAAAGACACUUUCUCCAUGUCUUUUGGGGGUCCAGAGUUCCCCUCCACGGAGGAUGUCGGUGAGGGGAACAUUCGAGGGAAACCAGAUCCUUGGAAAAGUGAGACGCGCAUCUCCGGUGCUCUGUCCCCUCGCCAGGGCACUGGAGAGGCGAGCCCUCUGAUAGGCUCCCUGCUGCAGGAGCGGCAGGACGUGAUCGCCAGGAUCGCCCACCACCUGGAACACAUUGACCCCACAGCAUCCCGGGCUCCCCGGCCGGCCUCCCACCUGCGCGACCCCAGCAGCCUUCCCUCCAAAGUGUUCCGCAGCUCCUGUGAGGACAGGCACCUGUGGAAGGGGAACAAGGACGAUACCUCUGCUUCCCUUCCUCCUUCCAAGCUGCCCUUGCUGGGAGAAGGUGCCAACAGGAAAAGCUUACUACCUGAUAAGUUCUGUGGUUCUUUUAAAUGCAGCAGUAGAGAAAAGCCCUCUGUGAAACCCCAAGUACAGACGCAGUGCCCACUCAGUCCUCCCGAGAGCAUCCAGAGCGCGUGGCCAGAGGCCGGGGACAAAGCUGCUGCUCUGCUGACCGCCUCGAACGCGUCCCGGUGCAACGACAGCGACUUGGGUUUGGUUAGCAGACUGGAAAAUACACUUGCGGAGCCACAGCUUAAGGAGCAAGAAGGCAGCACUGGAACUGACCCCCAGUAUUCGGAUCGCAGCAGUAUUGACAAAAGGGUCUGCAGGAAUAAGUGUAAAGGACAGAUAAUAAACAUUGACAGCUGUAACCCAGAAUCUUCUGACAGUCUCCAGUUGGACAACUCAGAAACAGUCGACUCAGAUAGGAAAGUUACUGUGUUGGAAAUGUCUGACUGUUUGAACAAGUAUGAAAAUAAUUGCUCAAAUAAGGACUCAGCAAAGUCCAAGACAUACGAUGGAAAUACUCAGCUUAAUAGCAUAGAAAAUUAUCUCAGUAAAAACAAUGAAGGUUUCAAAUGCAAAAAAUCAGACCAGUUAAAAAAUGAAGAGGAUAAGAAAGAUUCAGUGGCUGAAAAAACUCAAAACUGUUCUCAAAGGAAGAGUAUAAAAGGAUGUUUGUCUACUUGUGAACAACUGAAAAAUACAAAGAUACUGAGGACUGCACUGAAAUGCUCGAGUGUCUGGCGAAAGCCUAACUUUCAUUCCUUGGAUGGGACUUCGACCCGAGCCUUUCACCCCCGAACUGGAUUGCCUCUUCUUUCAAGUCCUGUUCCUCAAAGAAAAACACAAUCAGGUUGCUUUGAUCUGGAUGCUUCAUUACUACAUCUGAAAAGCUUAUCAUCUAGAAGCCCUCGACCGUGUUUAAACAUUGAAGAUGAUCCAGAUAUUCAUGAAAAACCUUUUUUGAGUUGUAGUGCUCCACCCAUAACAAGCCUUAGUCUCCUCGGAAAUUUUGAGGAGUCUGUUCUGAACUACCGCUUAGACCCCCUCGGGGUGGUCGGUGGAUUCACCGCCGAGGUGGGGGCCAGCGGCGUGUUCUGCCCCGCGCACUUGACCCUCCCCGUGGAGGUGUCAUUCUACAGUGUCUCAGAGGACAACGCUCCCUCUCCUUAUAUGGGUGUGAUUACUUUAGAGUCCCUUGGUAAAAGGGGUUACCGCGUACCUCCUUCAGGAACAAUACAAGUGACCUUAUUCAACCCCAAUAAGACUGUGGUGAAGAUGUUCGUGGUGAUGUACGACCUGCGCGACAUGCCGGCCAACCACCAGACCUUCCUGCGCCAGAGGAUCUUCUCGGUGCCUGCGAAGCCGGAGGCCCGCGGGGGCGCGGGCAAGGGGCGCGGCCCGCCCGCGGAAGAGCGCCUGCUCCGCUACCUCAUCCACCUGAGGUUCCAGAGCUCCAAGUCUGGCAAGAUCUACCUCCACAGGGACGUGCGGCUGCUGUUCUCCCGGAAGUCCAUGGAGGUCGACAGCGGUGCCGCCUACGAGCUCAAGUCCUACACCGAGUCGCCCACCAACCCUCAGUUCUCACCGCGAUGCUGACCCGGCGCGGCCCGCCCAAGGGUGGCGCGGUCCCCCGCUUGAAGGAGAGACUCGCUCGAGAGGAGCGCGCCGCUGACAGCCCGGAGGGCGGGCCAGGGUCCGGAAGGCCAGGGGGCGCCGCCCCGGGGGCCGGAGGCGCGCUCGGCCCGGCCGUGGAAGCCACCCGCUGGACACGUUGCAAUAGCAGAGGCCCUGUUAGCUAGUGUUUACACGUUUCAUGUGUUAUUUAAUAUUUAAUGUUUCCCUUAGUACUCCAGUGACGUCUGUCCAUAGUGUUCUAACGUAGCACAAAUCUCAUGUAAAAUCAUACCAUGUAUUUUUGACAUUCAUGUUGGAAUCUGAAAUAUAUGCACAAGUCUUUAAUUUUGUGUGAUGUGUUUUAAAUGCUGUUCAUUUACACUAUUGAAAACGAGAAUGAAAUGUUGAGCUUCUCUAAGAUUACUGCACUAUGCAAGCAUGUGUACCUUUUCCGUCUCCGCCUCGAGUUCUGCGGGCGGCGCGGGCGGCGGCCCUGGUCCCUGUGUGGUCGGUGGCCAUCGCUCCGUCCCCUGCUGGCUCCCUGUCCUCAGACGGUUCUAUUUUUCCUUAAUCAGCUCUCGAGAGGCUUUCCAUCCAACUGCUGUCCCAUGCUAGGUAAUUUUUUGAAAUUGUUAAAAUACGUACUUUGAAAACAAAUUAGUAUUUAUAUUGUAAAUAUAUGCCAGAAAACUCAAA